AUGGCGUCGGUGGUGGGAGAACCGUUAUUUCUGGACGGCCAAACGAGGGACCUCCAACGUUGUUCUUAUACGAGGGUCUGUGUUCGAAUCCAGCUUGACCGUCGGCUUCCGACGGGCGUGUGGGCUGUGGGUCUGAAUGGCUGUUUUUUUCAACCAAUACACUACGAGGGUAUCCCCCUUAUUUACCAGAGCUGCGGCGGUAUCGGCCAUCGGAUUGCUGAUUGCUCUUCUGUUGGCCGGGAUUCUUUGAAUACUCAGGCCAUUGCUACUUCGACUCUUCCCCAUGCAGCAAAGCCCUCUGCUCUUGCUGGUCUUGAUUCAGGCAUGUCUCCUAUCCCUACGGCCCCCGAUGCGGCUCUCCCUUCGGCUGGGCAGGCUCCCAGCUGUUCUUCUACUACUGUGCCCCCUCUAUCUGCCACACCGGAAUCUCCAUUGGAUAUCGUCUGGACUGUGGUUCAUCGUAGGAGGAAUCGCUCUCGGCGUUCGGAUGUGACGGCCCGGGCCAAGUCACAUGUGCCCCCUAUACUGCCUCGUCCCGUCCCUGCUGCUGCCGCGAUCUGUACCCCUGCGCCUCCCUCUCCCUGCCCGCCCCCUGGGGACUGCUCUGAACCCUCUGCGCCUAUCCCUGCGUCGGACGCGACCUCACCUCCCCCUAGAGGGAGUGAUGUCAUGAUUGAAGAUCUCCAAUCUGCACCCCUUCCCCCUCCGAGUUGUGUUUUGGUGGGACCCUUAGAGGCUUCCCCUAUCCAUCCUCCCCCUCCUGCUGCGGAUCUCUCUCCUGUUCCUCUUACUCAAGUGGAUUCUGGGGUCCGAGCUGUCCUUUCCUCCCCAUGGGCCCUUUUCGCCUCUUUCUCAGGGGGGCCAAGCACCUAA